GUUGGCUCCACAGCUUAUACAUAAUUGGGUUCUCAAUCAUGGCUUUGAUCAAGUCAAUUACUUCACAAUCAUUCAAUUCUCUUCUGGCGCACUUAUAACACCCAGCUCUCAAAUCUGAUCUUGCUCCAGUACAAUUCAAGUACGGCAAAAAGAGACCUGCCUCACAGAAAUUGACAUUUAGGCAAUGCCUACCUCUAAAUAUCCUGAGACACAGGAUUCUAUGGACCAUUCUACGGAAGUCUUUUACGGGGGGAAUUGCCAUUGUAAAGCUGUGUGUUUCUCUGCAAAACUACCGUCUUCACUGUCGCAAUUGAAAGUAGUCUCGUGCAAUUGUAGCUAUUGUCACAUUUCAGGUAGUCUGCUUGCGUUCGUGGAUGAUAUGGAAAUUCAGGAAGGGACAAAAUUUCUUAAGGAAUAUCGGUUCGGCUCGCAUACCAUACAGAUAUUCUUUUGCGGAAUCUGUGGUGCCAAUGUUUAUAACAAGUCGGUAAAUCCAAAGUUCAGAUAUGGUCAAUGUGCUAUUAAUGUAAGUCGAGAUUUCCUCGCUGAUUACCACCAUCCUCUGUAUAACAAUGCCCGUUUAACACUAUGGAAGAGAAUGCGCCUACUACACGAUAUUGAUUUGGAAACCAUAGAAAUCAGCAAGGGUGAUGGAAAGAAUAUUCAUCUGCCACCUCUAGAAAAGAAUCCGAUUUAG